GCCGGGAGGCGGUCAUUGGUGAAUCAAGCUGUCUCUGCAGUAACGUCAGGAGAUUAGUGAAUCGCAGCUGGAAUGCGAGCUUGAUUCACAAAGGCAAGAGAGGGAGACAAAGCCACCGCUUAGAAGAUACGCACACCGGACUGCCACAUCCCGCACAGCCAUGAAGGGAGAGCACUUAUUUGCCAACAUGAGAAGCGCUCCAUUCCUCCAGCGGGUUUACCUCCUAGGAGGAGAGGAGCUGGUAGUCCUGCAGUCCACCGUGGGAGAGUCCUCACUGGGAGACAGUUUCCAACAAAUCACUGACUUCAAUGAUCUCCCCACGUCCCUCUUCGCCUGCAACGUGGACCAAUCAGUAUUUGAAGACCAUGAGGGAAAGGAAAUGUUCGAGGCGCUCUUCCUUGCGUACGAUGAGGGUGUGUCGUUCCAGCAGUUUAAGAGCUUCCGACGUGUAAGAAUCAAUUUCAGUAACCCCAAAGCAGCAGCCAGCGCUAGAAUAGAGCUGCACGAGACACCUUUCAGAGGAAAGAAACUCAAACUCUACUUUGCCCAGGUGCAGAACCCAGCAUCCGAAGGAGACAAUUUGCACCUGGCUCCUCCCCAGCCUUCAAAACAGUUCCUCAUCUCCCCUCCUGGCUCACCUCCAGUCGGCUGGCAACAGAUUGACGAGGCCAAACCGGUUAUUAACUACGACCUGCUGUAUGCAGUUGCCAAGCUUGGUCCAGGUGAGAAGUUUGAGCUACACGCAGGCACGGAGUCUACGCCCAGCGUGGUGGUCCACGUCUGUGACAGUGACACGGAUGAGGAAGAGGAAUCAAAGAACAACCCUAAACCAAAAAUCAUCCAGACCCGACGCCCAGACCUGCCAGUCUCACACUGAACUCUACAGCUCCACACAGAGUCAGGAAGAUUUGACCCCUCCACCAUCUCCUUCACAGGACCUCUGCCACCCUCCUUCAGAACCUUGUUAAACACAACCAGGGUCUGAGGGACUCUGAUCUGUGAUUCUCGUUCAGCACACACAUGUAUACAAUCCUCAAUGUGCUGUCACACAAUUUUAUUUUUUUUCAUAUUGGCAAUACUCUGUGUUAAAUAUGGCUGCUCUCUGUCCCUCUUUCCCAAUCCGACUCUGUUGUAAUGUCAUCUGAUCACCAGUUAGAGGCAGCAUGUACCUGUUCCUGCUCUCACCUAUGUUUCUGAUUGGCUACUGGGCCGUGGCACAUGAUAGCGUCAGAUGUGCCUAUUGGCUAAUAGCUGGCCAUUUGGCUUUGCUCUUGCACAGCAACUAUGUACCAUUUGUACCCAGCCAGCCAUUAAUAAUAGUACAUUCUUCAUAAGGGCAUGCUAGCCACUAAAUGUGGCUAAACACCAGCGCUGCAUGUGGCACCCUUAAAAAUAUAUCCUGCCUAACAAAUUUCUGUCAAAUAAUCCUAGAAUGGCAAACGGUUCACUUGUGCAGACUGCAAGAAUAGUUCCCUUCAGGCCAGUGCAUGUUCUGGUAGCGAAAUAUACGUUUUUAUUUCCCGCUAUGUAUAAUUGUCUACGUCUCGCCGACAGUGUUCUUACAGUAAAACGAUGCUAUUCUGAACAAUAAGCUGAAAUUUUGUUCUUACCAUGCACCUUUCACUAUAUCAGUUGCUUCCUCAAUAUGAAUCUUUUUUUGGUCACGCUUGGUCCCAAAUGCCAUUUUUAAGACGGAAACCUUAAAGAACCCCCCAACCGUUAGCUCCCGUUAGUUUUUAUGGCAUCAAUCAGAUGUCAUUUAAUGAAGUCUGUAAUAUGCAUGGUUACUCGUUUCUAGAAUUUAAUGUAGUUGUCCAAAUCCAUUGGUUUCCUCGUAGUUUGUGAGACUUCAGUUCAUUUCAAAGAAAAAAAUGUAUGAUGCUAUUGAGACGGAUCUUCCAAGUGCUGUUACACAAUGGAUAACAAACAUCAAAUGUCAUGAGGGUGAUGCCGACCUAUCUUAUUCAAUCCAUAUCUUAACUAAUUUAUGGAUUAUUUAACAACAACAACAACAAAAACUGAUUUAUGUAUCCAAAGUACAUAACGUGAAGGCAUGCGCAAACCGUAUCCGUAGAUUUGUGUCGCAAAAGCACUAUACAGCCCGAGUAGUCGGCAAACAUACCACAAAAAAAGCAUUAGUUAGUUAUGGUAACGUUUAUAUUAUUUCUUCCAAGACUAUAAAUGACAUCCAUCCCGGACAGUAUAUCAACACUGUGAUGUGUCAUUACUGUGAUACUUGACUGACACCCUACGCUGAAGUAUUAUUUUAUGAGUAUGUUGUAAAUUUAAGAAGGUUAUCAGGCUUAAACAUUUGUCGUUCAGUGUUCACAACUUGUUAAGGGUGGUAGCCGCAUCUUUCUUAAUCUGUUAACCAUGUUUCCUGUUGAAUUGGAUUGUUCUUUGGUCCAAAUGCUGUUGGUUUGCCAGUCAUCUGUUUGUGUCCAUUAGCCUGAAAGAAUGUAGAUAGUAAUAUAACCCAUCCCGUUGAAGCAGUGACUCCUUCGCUGUUCUGGAAACAGGGUACUUACUGCUCUCUUUUGCCAUCGCUGUCUGCAUUGUGACACACAGAUGUUUCCUUUUGCUACCACAGCCUCAAGCCUUAUUUGAUUUAGCGCUCAUAAGGUUAGCAGUGCACGUUCUGGUCCACUUCUCUGAAAAUAAGAAGCGUAGUAGGAUCAGAAUAUGUCAUUAUGAGAAAUGUGUAAACAAAUGGGACGAGAGCAAUAUAACAAAACCGAUACCAACCGUCCACUGCCUUGGACUUUCCCUUCCAAUUCAUUAUUGCCUGCUUGGCCAAUCAGCUCUUCUCAUAUUCUCUUCUCACAAUCGACAAAAAUCUAUCGCAGUCUCACACGCUGCCAGCCUUCCUUACUGUCAUGUAAUUUAAGAUUUUUGUAUUGUUCUGUAUUGCACUUUCUUAUUCACAUGACUGUACACAGUAUCAUUCAGUAACUGUAUUUCCUUUUUUUUUUCCAUGUACUCAUGAAGACAUGAUUAAUAUCUCUGUUCUUAAAGUCUUUGAUCUGGAGUUAGUGUCACUGAUGUUGGAAAACAAUAUCUGUAUUGUGUAUACUUGUGCAAGACCAUUGGUGUUCUUGUCAUCUACAUGUGCGUCCUGCCUGCCGACACUAAGGAGACAUAUCUGUAUAUAUUAAUCAAUAUUUUUACUGCAUUUUUGUACAAAUAUUCAUGGUAGCCAUGUACAAGUAGUUGAGAUGAUUCUUUGUUAGUAUUAAAAAAAAAAAAAAGUUUGGUUUUAAA